AUGGAUCGUCAGAUGAGUCGACUCUUAAUUUUGCAAGCUGCUGAACAAGGAAACGCGUCUGUGGUGGCAGCUUUGUUAGACAAGGGUCAUCAUAUCGACACGGCCGACGAAGAUGGAGUUAAUGCGUUGCAUAGCGCUGCGGCAAACGGGAACGACAGCGUGGUGUGUUUGUUGUUGUCUCGAGGCGCGAGUUUGGAAGCGAGGACUAUUUACGGUUGGACGGCUCUAAUGCUGGCAUCUUACUAUGGACAUUUAAUGGUCUGUUGCAUUUUGCUUCAGCACAAAUCAGACAUAUACGCUCAAAACGAACUCGGUCAUACUGCUUUAGAUUGCGCGGCAAGAAGCGGCCACUCUCAAAUAAUUAAUUGGUUGAUCGAGGCUGACACACAACAGCAGGUGCUUGGCGAGACAGUGAAACUUUGCUUGAACAGUCCGCUUAUGAAUGCGGCGCAACAUGGUCAUGAAUUGGCCUUAAAACUGCUUUUAGAAAAAGGGGCAGAUGUUAAUUAUAGAGACGGACUAACGGGCUGGACUCCUCUAAUGCUAGCAGCUCUUAACGGACAUGUAACUGCGGCGCAAAUCUUGGUUGCAUCUGGAGCAGACACGAAUGUUCUAAACGUUAUCGACCAUACUGCGCUUAAUAUUGCCGUGGUACGCCAAAAAACUGAAGUGCAAGAUUUUCUUGACGAGAGAACUGCAACACGACCGCAAAUUAAAGGUAAAAACUUUAAUUGUUUUGAUUUAAUUCACUAAAUUCAGUUAUAGUUGGACUAAAGUUUGAGUAGCUGGGGUGGUACCUAUAUUUUUAAUGGGUAUAUUGUGUUCAACAAAGCCCAUUUGGCGUAACAAGUGCGAAAUAAUGGCUGCAACCAAAGGAUUAUUUUCCCUAUUCAUGUCUUAACAAUAGUCUAUCAUUCGUUUUACCCAAUUGUCCAAGGUUGUUUUGUUACUUUGCUAAUUUUUCAUGAUCGGGCCAUUGCACGCGGCGGCGGUGGGUUUUAUCAACGCUCUGGUAAUUUCAAACAAUAGCCGAUCAGCGACCUUUAUUACUAACAAACGUACACAUUCAGCGCUUCAAUAACAGUGUUGUGAUUUUGUGAGUUGCUUCUGUUCAUCGCAGCUAAAAACGCUCUUGUUGCGUUUGCGAGAGACGUGAGUUAGUAACACUGCACAUUGGGAAAUCUACUUCCGGUUACUACUAGAUUAGUGACACGCAUGAAACAUCAAAUUGCGUAGUUUAAGUCUAAUUACCAUGUUUUGCUUCAAAAAAGCACAAAUCGCCAAUCAAGUCAAUAUUUUUUGUAAUUUAAGGCAUAAUUCUAUCAACUAACAUACAUUAUAUAAGCUUGGCUUUUCCAUGAGACAAUCCUUUCAAUAGAGUGUGAAAACAUUCCCAAUUUAUGUGAGAAUAACUGGAGGUCACCAGCACUUAUAAAUAAAAUAUUAUCUUUUUCAUUCACAGCAGUUAUGAAGUUUUACAGGUUUUGUAUGUUUUCAAUGGCAGUCAAUUGGCAAUAAGGCUGUUUUUUUGUUCAGAUCAAAUGCAGCCUCUUUCUGUAGUUAAAAAUCUAGUGUACAAUAAUGCACCAUCUGCAUGAGGUGCUAAUCAAAAUAAUGGGACCUUAUGACACAAGGGCAGCGACAGCAAGACCGCAACAGCAACAGGGACAUAAACAAUCAAUAGGGUUAGUGAGGAAAACAACAACUCUGCAUGUGCAUCACAGUCGUUUCUAUAAACUUCCUUUUCCAUGCCUGCUCAACUAAGGCCCAGGUGAUGAUGCCAAUGAGCAAAUAUAUUUUUCUUGCUCACUAGCAAUAGGGUCGUUACAUAUUACAGUGUGGCGCGGGCCUAAAAGGUGAACUGUUAAAAUUUUAAGUUUAAGAAUAUGAGCGGCAAGGUGACAAAUUUUGCAGCAUCCAAAAUGUACGUGACAAAUAAUAUUGUAUAGGAGCUGGGACGUGAUCGCCUGUCUUCCGCACCUAUUUCAUUGCCAACUUUGACAUUGCUGAAUGAGUUGGAAUAAUCACAACAAAGUUUCACAGACCUUUGAUAGUGUUUUAAUUUCCGCUAAGAGAACCAAAUCCAACACAGUCCGUGACCGCCUUCACAUGCACUAAUUACCUGGUAUGAUAAAAUAUGACAUUCAUCUUUUACUCCCGUAAAUAAAAAAAGGUGUUCAUGAUAAAAUCCUCUGCACUGGCCAAAUUGUGUCAUGAUUGCAAUCCUCUAUGUUUAUUCAAUCUUUUUCAGAUUUUUGAACUCUUCACCCCCAGACAGAGUUUAAAAAUGACAUGAUUUUAUGCAGUGAGAAUUGACUGCUUAGCUGUACUUAGUUUUGCAAUUUUUGCAAGACAGUAUUUCACAGGCGGAUUUUAUUUCUGCAAUAUCAUCAGGCAAAUAUGAAAAAAGGGCAUAAAAUUUCGUGAUUAAACUCCAAAUGUCCGAAUUUUUUGAAAUUUCGUGAUAAACUGGAACAAGCAAAGCAUAUUUUUAUCUGCUCCACUUAUAAUAUGUGAAAUCUUUGCACAUUAAUUGUUAUCUCACAACAGAAGGUAUAAAAUGAAACGUCUGUAGUUGUUGUUAGAUAUCCUGUAUAUGUUGUUGUUAUGACAUCACUUGUUGUUUUGAUUUGAUUUUUCUAUAAGGGUAUUACAUUUCUCAUGGUUAAAUUUUGUAAUGUUCAAUUAAUAUUUGCAGGUCUUAAUUUCGCAAGUUUUUUACAAUUGCAAAAAAUGUGAAUUUAAAGACCCGCGAAAUUAAAUAUUGUACCAAUAAGUUACCCUAUAUAUGCUAUAAGAGUAUGUGUCACUGAAUGGGGUCCCAUGUUUUCCUUCCGGCCCUGUGAUGGGGUUCUUUCAGAUGAGUGGUCUUCCUCAAAGGAAAAAUAAAUAGAAGCAAUACAAAUUAGGAUAACAAUGCGAUUGUAAAAACCACUUAUAUUUCAAUGAAAGGUACUGACCUUCAUCAGGGUGAAUUAGCUGAAAACAUGUUACACCUGCUAAAAGCUUGCUAGAGUUAAAAUUUGAAUCUGUAACACACCCUCCCUAACACACUGUCUUAAACUGUUAAGGUCGUAUCUUGCUGGCGCUGAGAGAAAAUGCGCAUGUAAUGUAAUAUUUAUUUGUAUAAUAAUUAUAUUUAAAGACUGGGGUAAAUGUACUUCCUUGGCCAAGGCAAGAUGUCAUAUGUCUUAAUGCAAUGGUAAUUAUCACCCACUAGAUCACUAACAAAUCUAAUGUUACACACCAUUGUGCUAUUUCUGAAUCAGAAAUAUGACCAAUUACUGAAACAAAGAGUUGUCAACAUUUUGGUAUUCAUUUCUUGAACUUUUACCCUUGGGUUAUUUGGUGCAUCAGUAAUCUACAUUUGUUACUUUGAAGGAGCCUAUCAUUUGAAAAUGUCAAUCUUUUAUAUGAAAGUAGAAUUUUGACUCAAACAUAGCAAUCCGUUCCAAUAAAUGAACAUCAUUCCUAAAUAAUGGGCAGAGUGUGCUGAUCAAAAACAACUUAAUGUCGCAGUUCCUUUAAAUUAGAGUCAUAAAGGCAUGACAACAAAACAUAUGGCAUAAAGGGAAAACACGGCUCCGUGAUUGGCGUGACGCAUGACUUCCAUAGUGUGACCAUAAAGUCCUCCCCCAUGCUAUUACAUAUCUGCGUGCUGGAUCGGACAAGUUCAGCUUUAACCUUUGGCACAACGGUUUGCUUAAAACAGCUGUCGAAUUUCAAAGUUUGGCCAAUAAACAUGUCAUUUUUGUAUCCUAUCACACAUCCAUUCUUAGAUGAAAACAACCUUAUUUAUUUAUUACCGGGGCCCAGCCGAAGGCUGGCACCGGUCUUAAAAUGCAGACCGUCCGUUUUUUCAACGUUACAUUGUUAGGGAUAUAUCGCUGACUAAGAUAUAUCGCUGGCUCAUUGAAAUCUUAUCCGUCAUUUUGAAAAGAAGAGGCAUGGAGGACCACAGGGCACCCACACAAUCUGUUUGUGUAGCCGAUUGUUAUUUUAUAGUAAAUGUACUGGAUUUACCGUUUGCUUCACCUAUAGCGAUAUAUCGCUAACUAUGUAUCUAAAUCAAUGAUAAAUAAACGUUGAAUUACCUUACCUGUGGAGUUAUAUAAUGGAACAUAUAUAAUGGAACAGUCAACGGCGAACUCAAACUCCUUCAAAAUCGCUCAAAAAACCGCUUUUGAGGCAAAAGGACGACUAUACACCACAGGUAAGGUAAUUCAACGUUUAUUUAUCAUUGAUUUAGAUACAUAGUUAGCGAUAUAUCGCUAUAGGUGAAGCAAACGGUAAAUCCAGUACAUUUACUAUAAAAUAACAAUCGGCUACACAAACAGAUUGUGUGGGCCCCCUGUGGGAGGACAGUCAAAGGAAAGAUUAUAGCUUUUUUGAGGAACGACACGUUCCCCCAACCCAACUAGUUUAUGAGCGAAAAUUUAAGAGUGAAUAUUUGGAGAGACAAAUUUACGAGCGAUCACUUCUGAGACUGAACCUUCCAUCGUGAAACUUAUCGAGAAAUUGAGUGAACCUUCCAUCGUGAAAUUUAUCGAGAAUCAAAGCGAACACUUAUCAAAAUUUGUCUUCAAAAAGAUUUCAAUGAUUGACAUACCGAAGACUUCAAAGCUCCAUCGCUAUGUUAAUAAGGUGAGAAAACUUUAUCAUGCACGAUAUAAAUGUAAUAACAAACGCGAUCCAAAGAUAAUUAACUUAAAUAAAAUGGCUAUACCCAAGAAAGCUUAUUUGUUGUCUUUCUUUAGCAGGCAUUAUCACAGGAUAAUGAAACUAAAAAUAAUGUAAAAAACACGUCGAUCUUUAUCAUUGUUUUCUUGCAAUUGUGUGAGUCAUAUGACCAAUUAUGUGAAUUUCAAACUAAGUAAAGAUGUUGAGAAGAAUCCAGGACCUACUCAAUACAACACUGAUCAUCAUGAAGUAAUAAUUAGACCUUCUAUGCAAAAUCACAGCUCAACAUUGGUUGAGGUCACACUAGAGACUUUACUAUGGUAAAAAGGGCUUUACUAUGGUAAGUCUCGCAACGUCUUUACUUACCGUAGUAAACCUGACAGGUCCACUUAAAAAAGGCAUUUGAAACUUUCCAGGCGUUUUUUCUCGCGUGAUCGGUAACGUGAGAGUGAAAAGUAAAACAAAUGAUGACCUGCUAUGAGAGCUGACUAAAUUGAAAUUACUGAACUGUAACUUCCUGAGCGUGAUCCUCACAAGUGUACAAAGAUGCUUCAAUGUGAGAGAGUAUUAUUUUCUGUUGUGAGCAUUUUGCUUUUAAUUCUGCUGCUCAGACGAGCAAGAAGAAUGCGCUCCCUUAUUACCUACCUUGGUUUCGAAUACGAAGUUAGUGAAGAUGUUUUAGUGACAGGUUUAUUGAUUACUCAUCGAAGACGUAUUCUUAGCGAAAGAGCGGCAUUGCGAAGGCAAGCGUGGGUUUAACCUCGACCCCAGGAAUGGUUUGAAGAAAUGUACAGAAACAGAAACCUUCAAGCACUGUGGAAAAAGCAAUCACCGAUGUUCUAAAGCUAUUCUGUUAUGUGACCCUUUUUGAAACUACUUUCCUCAAAAAUCAUGACAAACUGUCAACAAAACAAACAAAGUUUAGAUAGACUAGAGAUAUACCCACCUAUUUUUUUUGGUAACCAGAUGGUUAUCGGUGAUGGGUCAUCUUUGUUCUUUCCGCGGUAGUCAUGGAAAUUAACCAGGGUAGAGUUUACCAUUGUAAACUGAAAAAUGCCGGUCACACUUUACGGCGCCGUUUACUAUGGUAAACUUGAGUUUACUAUAGUAAACUUUCUCUAGUGUGACCUCAACCAAUGCAGUUGAACUCUCCUAUUUCCUCUGAGAAUUUGAUGCAGUCAAGAUUAGGUGCACUUUGUUUACAAUCAAUAGAUGUUGGCGGUGCAGGUGAUUGUUUCUUUAGAUCUGUAUCACAUCAAUUAUAUGGCAAAAGCAACCAUCACAUGCAUACACGUACUGCUGGGGUUCAAUUUAUGAGAGACAAUCCUGAGAGAUUUAUUGAGAGCAAUACCGAAAAUUCAUGGAUAAGAUAUCUGAAUAAUAUGUGUAUUCAAGGUACAUGGGCUGAUGCACUUAUCAUUCAAGCAGUUGCAGAUAUACUACUGUUUACCCAGUUCAGGAAAGAAAUACUUCCUCUACAAUAAUUACUAUAGGCCAUAUUGAUGAAUGCCACUAUGUAUCAACCACUGCCUUACAAUCAAGUGCCUCCAUUUCAAUGUGCAAUGAAUUAACAAAUGAUACUCAGUCAUCAAUAAAUAAGCAUUUUAUUAUGUCUGUAUAUAACACUGGAUGACAUUUUUUUACAGUGCAAGACAACAAUCCAUGACCACAAAGAUCUAUUUCAAAAAUGUCUUAUGUCUGUUAUCAUUUCAAAUUCACAGUGUUUUCGCAAAAAAAUAGAUAAAUGUGAUUAAUAAAUCUCAAUGAUAAACCUGAUGAUAACGUACUUGAGAAAAUGUGAAAUUGUGAUAAUUCUGUAACAAACUUCUUUGCAAACUUUGUCAUUACCAUUCAACCCAAAACUGUCAGUGAUUUUUGCUUUUUCACUCAAACUUAAAAACAAAUGAAAACCUUAUACAGAUCACACUUAUUGACAUCACAGUGUUACUAAAAACACUACUAUAACACAGACCGUUAGCUGUAAUAACACUGAACAAACUUACAACAACAUCCUCCUUUCUCAUGCAUUUUGUUGCUUUUCUUCUGCAUGAGUUAAUUCAGACUAAGUAUUAGCCUCCACAGAGGAGGGGGGAGGGGUGCGAGAGGUAAACUAUAUCUAUGCAAUCCCGUAUCCCACUGGGCCCCGGUAAGUUCCACGUAGUGGUUCUAGUUUAUUUUAAUUAUUUUUCCUUUGAGGAAGACCACUUGUUAUGAAUGCUUCUGAUAGACUCCAUCACAGGGCCGGAAGGUGAAAAUAGGACCCCAUCCAGCAACACAUAUUUUUUUGCAUUCAACUGGUUGCCAGGUUUUUUUCAAUAAUGCUGCUGGUUUUUUGGGAACUAAAAGAUACAUGGCUUAUAAUCUUAGGAAUCAAAUACCAAACUAACACCUUUAUGCCUACGAAACGUCAUUUCUAUACUACACAAUAUGUGCAAAAUGAUGGUUGCAACCAAAAGAUUAUAGUUGCUUAGCUUUUGUAAUUUUGCAUGAUCAGGCCAUUGCACACUGAACACUUAGUCCUAAUUAGUAAUGCUACCUGAAAUAAAACUGCUGAAGUUGUUUAGGUGAUAGCUAAAUAAAAUUCCAUAAAUGUGUUUUUAAAAUGCUUAGCGCGACUUGUAUCUUGGACCAGUGCCACCCUUUGUGUCUUAACCCAUUCCCAAGAGUGAUUAGUGAGCUUAAAGCAAAGACUUUUUUCAGGGCUGCACAACAAUGGGAUGUGGCUAGAUUGUAUGGUCUUUUGCAAUGAGUAUGUUACCUGUUGUAGCAAGAAUAAUAUUUUAAACAUUUUUUCUAUCAUGCCUGAACCAAACAUGAUCUCAACUCUAAACAUCAGACUUAACUGUCUGCAGUACUUGACCUGACAACUGAAUAAUAUUAUUUUUAGAGCACAGAUAAUUAUUUCUGAUGUUUAUCACAUACCAAGAUGUGAAGUAAUAAGCUUUUGCAAGCUUGCAGCAAGGCCAGCCAACAUGCAGUGUUUUUUUUUAAUGAUCAGAAGUAAACCUUAAUUGUUUUGUGUAUGAGUAAAUACAUGUAUUUGUAUCAAUGAGUGGAAAGAAAAAUAUGAAAAAAGUGAAAAAUUUUAUAUUUUCGCAUAAAUGUACUGACCGAGGGUUGUUUUUACCUUCCCUGCUAGAUGUGCAAGGACCAUCUUGUGGAUAUGGUCAUCUGAUACUUGUAAGAGGCUAAUUAUUCACUGGGCAAAGGCACUGCAUUCUUCCUUUAUGAACCACCCCUUCUCCACAAUCACAAAUUGACCCGUCUGUAAAUUUUAGCAUGGGUGUGGCCCAGGACAAACGAAAGCACAUAAAACUCAAAUUUCAAUUUUAUCUGGGAGAUUUUGUGAAUGGUAUGGAAGACCGGGUGAUUUGUGCCAUAUGCGGGAGACUUUUAGAUAAUCUGGGAGUGCUGGUUUAUAAUGUAGUUUUUAUUUCUUAUUGGUUCAGAGCAGAUGGGCAUUCUGUUGAAUAUCAUCAUGUCUGUUUUACCAAUGUAUUCAUCAAUAUCCUUGGACACAUGUAUUCAUAAGAAAUUCACAGUUUUACUGUAUAAUUUUGACUCAAAUUAUAAUAAUGAUUUAGUGAUAGUGACAAUAACAUUAUUGUUUGCGGGAAUUGAUAUUCUGCAUAUUAGUAUGGGUAAUAGCAUGAUUUGUAGUGAUAUUUGGCAUAAAUACCACGAGUGAUAUUUCGAAAUUGUUAUACGUAAUUUCACGAGCCGUUAGGCGAGUGAAAUUUGAGACAAUUUUGAAAUAUCAUGAGUGGUAUAUUUAUGCCAAAUAUCAUGUACAAAUCAUGCUAUUAUUUGUUUAUACUACCGCAAAAGGUUUGUAAUUUCACAUGUAGGUAUUUCAAAUUAAGCUGAAAUACCACUGGUCUAAACCAAUCAGAUUGCAGAAAUUUCUCAUGUAGUUGUAUAAAGAUAAUAAUACAUGAUCAAAUGUAUAUUACACUGUCUAAUACUGUACCUAGCAAAGCUGACUAAAAAUGUAUGAAUAUAUUGAAUAAUUACAUGAAUAGUUGAAAGUCACAUACAUGGAUGAUAAUCCCAUUUUCUGUGACUGUUGUAGGUCAGAAGUGUAUAAGACCAAGUAUUAUUGAAGCUGCAAGAAAUGGUAGGUAUUGUAUCACUACCUAUAGGUAGAUUUCAUUCCAUUCUGUUUCAAACCCUUUCAUUCUAUAGCUGGGUAGGGCUUAUUAGACAGGGGGGCUUAUUAGAGGAUUUAUGGUAUUAACCCAGUUGCCCCUCAACCACCCCUGCAGAUCCACGUCCCUUUUACCACUUGUGACAUCAUCAGUUUAAAUGGUCAAGGACAACUUUGUCUGCUAACUUGUGCUGGGUGAGGAGAUCUUUCAAACCAUACCAGAAUGAGCAUGAUUCAUGAUCAGUGCAUUAUAAAUGGUUUUUCCACAGUUACUGAAGUGUAAUAGUUAUAAUGUGACAGAUUUUGUUGCUCUGUUUUUUUUUUUGUUUUUUUUUCAGCCUUACUGGCAUGUUACAACAUACAAAAUAGCAUUUUCACCAUGUCAGUAUAACUGACCAGGAGAAACAUUCCCAUUAUAAAUUAUUUACUUACAAAAUUUAUUAAUGUGUUAACCAAAAUCAGUAGAUUGUACAGAGUCAGAGAGUUCCUAACGUAAUUGUAGCACCUCUUUGUUGUCAUAUUUUAUCUCUGCCAGUUUUAAUAACCAGCAGUGCCGGAUCCAGACACCUCAAGAUAAGGGGGGGGCGGGGGGAGUAGACCAGGUCAUCCAACCCUUAGAUGAUCCAAAAAUUUUCAGAUGGGUCUAAAAAUAAGAGGGGGAGACAUUCCCCCUGGGCUCCUCCCCUUUAUCCACCACCGACCAGUACCCUCUUUUAACUAUUAUGCUGUCAUUACACUAUACGUAUCUAGGUGAUGUGAUCUUGGCCAGAGAAUUGUUAGAUUUGGGUGAAGGUGACAAAAAUGCUACUGGUAAGAAGCUUCUGUUACACUUCAUUCUAUUGCACUGACAGAUUGUAAGGUCACAAACAAUGUUGACUUUAAAACAAUGGAAACUUAAGACUUGCCAUAAGUUGUCCUUGCGAGUUUCACUGCAAUAAAGCUGUAAAGUGAGGAAAACAAGCUUUUUAGAUUAUGAAGUUGCCAAGGGAGCGAUGAAGUCACCAGAGGAGGACUUGUCUUGGUUCUUUUUGCACCAAAACUGGGGAGUGGCAGAAUUUGCACUUGGUGUCUCAAGUUACAAUCCUUUGUCCUGCGUCAGAUUAAAUUGGACAGAGGACUUCUUUGAAAGUCUAGGGACUCUUUUGUCUGCUUUGGUCUAGUUUGAACAGUGACACAUUGAUAAUCAAGAUUCAGUUGGACUUUAAUAAUAGUGUGGAAAAUUAAUAGAAAAAAAAUUAACCGGUGAAAACACAAAUUGUGAUGAAUAAUUGUGAGGUUUGGUUAAUCAAGGUCUGAAUGUACUUUGUGGAUUUGUGCAAUAAAUUUGAUAAUCAAGUUUCUGCUUUGAUGUCCUUAGAUGAAGAUGGGGCUACGCCAUUGAUGUAUGCUGCUAUGGGUGGACACUUGUCAGUAGUACAGUUAUUGAUUGACAGAGGGGCAGACAUAGAUAGACAAGAUCAAGUCAGUGGUUGGACGGCAUUAAUGCAAGCAACAUACUAUAGGUGUGAAUACUAUAGUGUAAACAUAUCAUGAUUUUGUUAGUUUUGGUAUCUAUAUAAGGACUAUUCGAGAUUUAAACCAUUGCCCACUGUAAGACUGACUGCACCCUUGAUGAUCUUGCCUGACAGGAAUUUAUUUCUGCAUUUAUUGGUUAUAACUGUGUGUUUGAGGGUUCAAUCAACCUCAAAAUGGCUUGGCUUCUUUUUCCAGAUGCUUAAGACACACAGUUGAGGUUGAGACCCAGUCUAAAAGAUAAAAGCAUGUCUUAUUGAGAAAAAUAGUUUUCAAACAGUCAAUCAAUCAGUCAAUCAUUUUAUUCAUCCUUGUAUUGCCUAAUGAGCAGACAAGGUCCUUCAAAAUAUGUACUUGCCAAAAUUAAAAUAAGAAAAAAAAAAUCAUUGAAACUCUGUACUGUUUCCAGACUGUUAUAUACUCUUUCUGGAGGCUCCAAACUAAAAGAAAAACCUUACAUUUACCAGUGAUAUGCGGGGUUUUUUUUUACAAACUUCAGCCUCCAAACCAUUAAGAUAACUCCCAAAAUAUACAAAACCUCGAAAAAAAAAUUCAUUGUUUAAAUAUAACAUCUCUGAAAAGACUGACGGACAAGAUUAGCAGUCUUGAUUGAGUGAUAUAUGAUAGAGUGUGAGGCCUACAUUUACUUAACUUUGUGACUUCUUGUUUCAGAUUUAAAGCAGUUGCUAAACUUCUCAUAAAGUCAGGAGCAGAUGUUAAUAUUCGGGAUAAGAACAGCUGCACUGCCUUUGACAUGGCAAGCGUUAUGGGUGGGUAAAAAAAAAAAAGAAAUUAAUAACGAUUAUUUUAGUGGUCGCAAAUCCUCUAAUGUAUACCAUUGUAUCCUUGAAGUGGAUUUGGAUUUUGGAAAUUUGGAGAGAUUCACUAUUUGCACUUCUGCAGCUAAAUAAUUCAUCUUGUCGGCUUCUCCCAAAAAAGGAAAAAAUUGACACAAUCAGCUGAACUGAGACAAGGUUGUCGCAAUGAUCUUAUUUUUCUUUAAGUCCAAUAGUGACUUUUCUCCCAAAAUACAUUGAAAAAAAGUUAUGAGAAUUGACACAAUCAGCUGAACUGAGACAAGGUUGUCGUUUUAGCCAGCAUGACCCUGGUUGUACGGCCUGGCCAGGGUUUCAUUUGAACCCAUAAUCUCCCUGACCACUGGGCAGACUGUUGCUCAUCCAACUGAGGAACAGUUUACUAAAUGAGUGGUGGUUACCAAAAACAAAAAAAAUAAAACUUCAACCCAGCAUAAAACUAAACUAUAAAAUUCACAUUAACCCUGAAAAGUUACAAAAUUUGCCUGGCAGGUGAUACAGAAAUUUUCCGAUUAUUAGCCUCUGCAAGCAAUAUGCAGUUGCCAUCAACUCGUAAGGAAUGUGAGUAUUUGUCAAUUUGAUAAUUAAAUAGUAUCACGGGCUUAAUUUCUCUCUGAGAAUAAUUUAUAAUGAGUUAUGUUUAAGUCUUAUUCGAUUUUAACUUUCGAGACUGUGGAUGAUUGAUGAUUGCUACUCCCCCCUGGACGGGAUGCUAGUCCAUCACAGGGUUACCCCCCAGCAGUAUGUCGCCAGUACCCAUUUAUACACCUGGGUGAAGACAGACAAAGUGGGGUAAAGUUCCUUGUCUAAGGAAAUAAUGCGACAGGCGAGGCUUGAACCCUGGACUUCCAGAUCCAGAGUUUGAGGUGUUAGCCACUUGGCCACACACGCCUCCAUCAUAUAAUUCAUUCCCCUCGCGGCUUUUCAUGGAUAAUUUACUACGCUGGUUAGGGGUCUGAGACGAGGCCUACAGGUUUUCGUCCUUAUCCCAGAAGACUAGAGAGUCUAUCUGUUUAAAGAUGACAGCACUUUCUACUCAGUUAUUUAAAGAACCCUAGUGUUGAUCCAGCUGGUUUUGACUGAGCUAACCAAGCAGGGGUUUCAUUCAAAUGGAGUGAAUAUUUAAGAGAAAUCUCUUUUCUUCACUACUAACAGUCUGGUGAUAUUACCAUGUUCCUAAAGGAAGUUGUUAAGUGUUGUGAGCAGAUGAUUAUGUAACAAGUUUGAAAAUAUUCCUUGAUCAAAGCAGGGUGUUCAUUAGGCAUCGGUGAUCGGAGAAUUCUCCGUUUACUGUGCAGAUUUCGCCAGCUAACGUUCGUUAGCCUACACUGUAUGACUAUUUUUAUUCAGAUAUGGAGCCUCUUCAGAAUAUUCUCGUGUAACGUUACACCUUUCUGUUGCUACUAGAAUUCUUAAUGAAACCCCUGUCAAAGGGAAGUUACUUGGUAACAGCAUCCAUUUGACAUAAUGGUGAAGUAGCAGUUACAUGUACCUGUCAUAAAAAUUAACUUGAACUGUUGAUUUGCCUUGUUUCUUUUAACAGAUUAUUUGCAUUUUACAAAAGGUAGUAAGGGUCGUUUUAGUGGAUCAGAAAGAGAUUUGUCAGGAUAUAAUAGGUGAGAAAAUUUAACAAAGGCAAUCUUCUUACAACAUUCUUGCAAGGAAUGACAUGUCAGAUAAUACUUUUCUGAGCUUUGUUAAAAUGUUAUGUUUAAAGAGAUGUUGUAUAACAUUACUAGAAGUUUAAUAUUGUUAUUUAUUUUCGAAUCAUUUACUGUGGAGAUGCAGUUGUUUCCUAAGAUUCUCAUACAAUGAUGUUUAUUAAUUUUAAUUGUAAGAAAUAAUAGCAAUGUUUCUCUUCUUUCAGGGAAUUAUUUAAAGAUGACGGAGGUCAGGUACUAUUAAAAAGAAUAAUAAUAAUUAUUAUUAUUACGAGGCCUUAGGUUACUUUCUGUAAAUUUGCAACUCAUCACAGCCUUUCACUAUUUUGAAAGAUCUUCACAGUAAUACAUGCAAUGGGAUUCAAACCCAUAAUAAAUAAUUGACCCAUCCAGUCAUACUUAAUAACAGUUUUCCUUUUUCAAGUUUUACAAGAGGUGGAAAGUUCCCAGGGUACAAACUCACUGUAUUGGAUGGUUGACUUUUAACAAAUAUUAGGUCAAGUAUGAAAAGCUUUGUUUAGGUCCGCAUGUGAAUUUGUUGUGAGUGUAUGUCUUAAACUGCCUGACAAGAUCACAUUAAGGAAGGACAUGAAAGAUUGGCUUUCUGAUGUCAGCUUUCAUACCAAACUCACUUUUAAAUGGGCUUCGCCCUUCUGACAGUUUUAGAUGAUAUGUAUAUAUAUAGAGGAUAUUACAUGGUGGCGUGAAGAUAUUAAUUUUAUUUUCAAGUGGCAAAACAAUAUUUUAUGAAUGAACGCAGCGAGUGAGUAAAAUAUUGUUUUUGCCACGAGAAAAUAAAAUUCAUAUCUUCACGCCACCAUGCAAUGUUCUUUUUAUUAUAUAGACAAAAAGACAUUGAUAAAAUAAUAAAGGGGAAUUACCGAAAUUAUGUCGUCAAUAAACUGUGAGAUUAUGGAAAAUAAACCACUCGGGUCCGGGAUGUAGUUUUUAUGAAUUUUACUAGUGGUAUAUCUUCCAGUAAAACACUGGUGUCUAUAUAAUAAGAUCUGUUAUUUUUUUAUUUUGUUUCUUUCAUUGUUUAAUAGGAACAACAUUGAUAUAGACUUUAAUAUUUUAUGUACCUUCUUCUUAAGAACUGGUGGUCCAAGCUGUCAAGAAGAUUUCGAAACCUGAAUGUUGGCCGCACUUUUAAAGCACAGUCAAGUAGCAAGAUUCAUGUGUUGUCCAAAAGCUAUGACAACCUUAAUGAAGAGGAAAGCUCUGAUAGUCAAUUUUCUGAAAUAUCAAGUAGCAAUGAUUCUGGUGUAACCUUGCGGUCACUGACUUCAGGUAUGUUAGAACUCUCCAUUGCUAUUUCAUUAGAGACUAUGAGGACAAGAAAUUGACUCACACCCUGAAAACCUUCAUUUUUUUUUUUUUACCAGCAAAGUUAGCAUGGGUAUUUUCAUUGAAGUAGGUUAGGCCCUGUCCAGGGCCGUCGUUACGAGCCGGGGGCCGGGGAUUUCCCUUGGCUACUAUGAAUGUGGUUCCCGGCUACUUUCAUUGGAAAAUAGAAGGAAAAAAGAACCAAAAGAAGUCCCUUGCUGUUUGAUUCCCCGCCUACUUGUUGUGUUUACCCAGCAACUUGAAAUCUUAGUGACAACCGUGGCUGUUCUAAACACAAAAUGUUAAAACUCCUAACAUUUCCUUACUCGUAACUUCUGCCAAUACAACAUGCUUGUUAAAAUGAUGCUGGCUAUCAUUUCUUUCUACCAAAAUGACACUGGUUCACAGGUGGCUUGCCCACUACUUAGUAUUGAGGAAACCUAAUCAUUGUGGUCAUCCUCGUCUAAGAAUCUAAAGGUCUUUAUUAAAUAAUCAGGCUCCCCCGUACAGUACUUUCAUUUGGUUUUCAGUUGGGUUUUGUUGAAAAGCAUAAUACAGUCGACUCUCUCUUAACGGACACCUCUUUAAGACAGGCACGUCUGUAAAACAGACACCUGGAGUUGGUCCCUCCCUUUCUUUCCUCACUCUAUUUGACUCUCUAUAAGACGGACAUCUCUCUAAGAUAGACAGCUAGUGCUGGUCCCAAAAGUGUCCGUGUUAGAGAGAGUUGACUGUACUUGAAUUUAGAGCAUAGUCAGUCACAACUUGAGGUAAACUGACCUCACAUUUUCUCUAGGAAGUGACAAUAACGACGUAACCUCCAAUUUAAUAGAUAUUGAAUGAUUGUCUUCUUUCUUUGCAGUGAUUUCUGAGUCUGCUUUGAAACGUGCUGGACAUAUCAGACCUCACUCUAUGGUAAGUUCUUAUGGAAAAGAUUGAACAGUAAUGUAUUCAGUGAAAAAUUUACCAUUUAGUUAUGAUAUCCAGUCUGACUUUUAUUUUAUUUUGACCCUUUUCAAUAUGCAAUCUCUUGUAAUCACAAAAAUUUGUAAGCUAAUGAAAUAGGAAUAUUUUCAUUUGGAUUGGGUUAAGUCCAGCUAGUUAUAAUAAGGAGUUUGGUAUAUGGGUCUUCCAAUUUUGUGCUGUAUUGUGACAUAUAAAUCAAGAAUUGAAAGUUGAAAUCUGGGAACCUUUUGCAACUAUACCAAUUAUACAUGACUUAAUAGUUUAGCUCACUGUUAAUAUCCAUGAUCUAUUUUGAAAUAGUUUUGAAUUAGACCAAUGGCAUUUAAAGUAAAAGACACGCAGCUCAGCUGAAGUUAAAAUAAAUGGUGGUUGAAAAAGACCCUCAGCAUACACUGGUGUAGCUCAGUGACUUGUGAUAAUGCAUCUAAUGAGUCAAUCAAAACUGGAAACACAAUGCAAUUUGGAAAGAUUCUCACCUAGCAGUUAGUCCAAAGUCACUGUCUCAUUAACUCAUCCUGCUUGGAAGGUAGCUAAAAGAAUGUCCAGAAAUAGACAGUAAAUGACUAUUAUGAACUGUCAUUCCUUUUCAGGCAUUGGUGUCACAUGUUACUAAACUGCCAGAUGAUGUCAUCACACCUGUCAUACCUCCACCCCUCCCCUCUCCUGCCUUUGAAUUACCAAUGAUACAUCGUCCACAGCAUAGCAACGAUCUACAAACUCCAACAACGCCUACUGGACCGGUAAGUAGUGUUGAAGCCAAAUACUGUCUUGCUGUCACCAUGCACUGCUCGAUGCUUUGUGAAUGAUUUUCAUUUGACUUUGUGUUAUGUUUUACAACUGCUGGAGUUCCAGCUUUUGGCUAUAAUCAGUAUAUAAUAAUAAUAAUUGUACUUAAUCAUCCUCUCCCCUUAUGAAGCUUUUCAGGGAUAAUGAACUAAUAUUUCAAAUGAAACAUAGUACGGCUAACAAUCCCAACUAGUAUGAGGCAAACCAGCUGGUUAUUUACAACCGUGGCCGAGGAUUUGAACUCGGGACUAACAAGAACAAAUCCAGCCAGCAGUCAAGGUGGGACUUGAUAUUGGGGCCUCCAGACUACACGUCCGGUGCUCUAACCGUGGGAUCAUGCUGCCUCCACAAGAUUCGAAGAAGUCAGAGUUUAAAACUCAGUAAAGGCUUAGCCUGCAUUGCAAGCAUCUAAAGGGGUAGGGGAUCGGGAGGAAGGGAAAAAGGAAUAUUGGAAACUUGAUAUGUAACUGUUGCAUCCUAUUUAUGAAGCACUAGACAAACAGCCAUUUGAUACCAGCAACAGCUAGCAAUGUUUGCCGUCUCCGAUCGCAUUCAAAUCCCUUCCACAACAACUCAUAAAGAAACAAGAACACAGGUAAAUACAUCUUAUUAUUUUCCUAGCUAAUACAGCGUAAUUAUUUUAUUAGCUAAUAUCUCAUAUAAAACUACACAAAAUAAAUUGGAUCCUGAUUGAUGAUGGUCUUCUUAACUUAAAAAAAUGUAGAGAUACUCACAUUGAUGGUCUUCAAAAAACCACAAACUUUUUGUCAGAUGAACUGGCAUGAUAUGCAUGAAUGCUAUAUACUGAGUGCUUGAUUCACCUUGGCCAUCAAGACACAGGCAUUUUUACAGAAGUCUUUGUUACUGUUUAUAAAAAAGUAUUUAACUUCAUUAGUUAAGUAGUUUUCAUAGUCAGGUAGGUGAUAAAAAGAAGUAGCUAUUUAGUUUCACAACAAUUUGAAAUAAAAAUCUGAAAUAAAGAACAGAUGAGAGGUGUGCUUGUUACAAGCUAAAACAGAAAAGAAAAGUCCUAAACUGUAAGAAAUACUGUACUGUUACGGUUAGAUAAAAAGGUGUUUAAGGAUUAAGUUUUAAUACCAUGAGGGCGUGCAUCCAAACCAAUGAAUUAUUUUAGUAAAUCACUGAGUUAUUAAAAACUCGCCCCUUGUAAGGGAAUCUAGAAUCCUUGGCCUUACAAUCCCGAAAAUACAGCGCAAGGACUGAAAUCCAGUACCUGGAAUCCAGAAUCCACAUCAGAUACUCCAAACAACAUGUACGACAGUUAAAUACACAAAAAGGCUUGUUUUAUCAAUCCUGUAUUAUGUACCAUAUAGAAACUGAAAGUGUUCAUUACAAGAACUUUGCUGCACAGUUGUUGUUUAAUACAAUUCACUAGCUUAAUAGCUCAACUUCAAAUAAACGUAGGACCUGUUUAUAGUAAAAAAAAAAGAUAAGAAGAAGCAGAGAAGAAGCUAUACAGCUAUGUACAUAUGUAGUUCCUUUCUAAAACUCACCAGUAUCAACAUGGUUGUACAAAAGGCCCAUUUAUCAAAAUUAAAGGAAGGAUAGCACUUACCUUUUUAGCCAGUCUUUGAUUAUUUUACAAAUGAAAACUUCAUCGAAGAAAAGGCUAUGAUUACAAAUCGAUGUAGGGAAAAAUAAAGUCUUGUUUUUGUCUUUUCAGCUUUUACACGUCACCUCUAUCUUUGUUGUGAUUGAACGAAUGAAAAGAGUUUGGAAGCCGGGUUCAGAAAUUCGCGCCAAAACCGCCAAAACACGGGUGCUAGGAUCCAGUCUUUCUCGUCCGAGUGCGGCCAUCUUGGUUUCUGAACGUUCGGAUCGAUCUAGAUCGUCUUUGUGCAAAUUCUUUUUGUUUGACCGGUUAAAUUAAAGAAAAAUAUGUGAGGGACAAGCAUGAGAUCCAAACUGAGGUCGGAGCAAAAGAGUUGAGUUCACAAGUGAAGUCAGUCUCCGUUUAUGAUAUUUUUACCUGUUGUUAUACAGAAGCAGAAGCUCAAUGAUAUGCCGAAUGGAAGAAAAAAAAGUUCUUUAAGGUGAGUACUUACGGCUGUAUUUUUGGUCAUUUUAAUUACACAACACAAUUUUUUUUUCUUUCUUUGAUUUAAGCUUUAAUGCAUGAACGAAUCUUGAGCGGACAUGCGGCUUUAUUAAUUCCAUAUCUGAAAGCUUUUCCCUUUUCUUGUACAAAUUUAUCACACAUUUAAAUCUAAUAAAUUCUCGUUAUUCUUUACCAGUUCUUCAAUUAGGGUGGACAGACUUGCUUGAAGAUGCUGCUUAUGAUAGGAUCAUCCAGGGAAUGAACUUACAUCUUACAGCGGGCUGGAGAUUUAGCCACUUGAAUUAGGGAAAACAGAUAAGCACAUAAAUUUGAACUUUUACAGUAAGCUUAAGUUUUGUUUUUCUCUGACUAAGAUGCUUCCUUCUUUUUAGUUAUUUGAUUCUUUAAGUUGUUAUUCUUGUGAUCAAAAACUCUCCUUUCUUUUUUGACAUGAAUUUCAUUUGGAAAUGCACAACCUCGCUUUGAUAAAUUGAAUAUGAUGAAAGAAAAGUCCUUUCCUGUCUCAUUUUUUCUUAGCACCUUUAAUUUGGUUCUUGAAGCUAAGAGUGAAAGUUAUAGUGAGUUUCACAUAUUCUAUUUGCAUUCAGUUUGGAGUCACUAUUUUGCGAAGAAUUAUGUGGAUCGAGCCCCCUUGAUAGCUGCAUAAUGAUUGUUUUUAAAACAAUUAUUAUUCAUUCAAAAUUAUUUCCGAGUAAAGAACUUAUGUACGUUGCUGCCUCAAUGUUCAUAAUACAUGUAUUUGCAUGUUCUUUGGCAGUGGAUGUUUAGUUUUGAUAGCAGAUAUUCUUCAAAUAGCAGUUGUCAUCCUUGAUUCCUACUUGCUUUAGGCAGUAGUUUACAGUAAAACCUCAGAUAACUCGAAUUCCCCAGUAACUCAAACUAAAUUUCCUUCCUUAGCUUUCUAAAUUUCAACGGUGAAAUUUACCCUGAUAACUAAAUUUUUACUAACUCAAACAGUUUUUCGUUUCCUUCAGAGUUUGAGUUACUGGGGCUGUACAACUGAAGUUUUUUUCUUCAUAACACUUAAGACUGAAUCUCCACCAAAGCACAGUUGGACUACUGUGCCCUGCUGUCCCUUUCUCUCUGAUUAUCAGUACAAUAUGGGAAACUGUACUGAUAUUGUAAGCAUUUGCGUCUUCCUAAACUGGAAGGCCUGGUAGCUGGUCAUGGAGAAUUAUCUGGGAGAUUUUAGCCGACUAGAAAUAGACAAAUACUGAAUGAAUAAACAGAUAUAUAAUUAACAAACAUUUCACUUGCUCCAUUAUUUUAACUAGCUCUAGGUUUGACCUUUUUUUAACAGCUUGAGACUUAUCCUUUCGAAUUAGACUCAAAAAUGGGAUGUAUCAAGUACACUAUUAUCACCAUCACUUGCAAAAGUGGCGUGGUUACUACUUCAGUCAAUCUUCUUUCCUUGAUUUGUUUGUUCACUUGUUCUGGGUAACCUGUCUGAAGUCCAUUUCUUCCUCAUCGACAUGGUCAUUUGUACGCUAGCAUGAUAGUAGAACAAGUAUUAGCCAAAUACGUUCUAUUUCCAAAAAAGUGUCACACAAGUCAGUCCAUUCCCACAUUUAUAAAAGAUUAUGGCAGUUAUAUACUUACUUCAAUGCAGGUUUUUACAGCAAAUGCUUAUUUAGUUAAAACAUAUGAUUUUUCAAAUUAUUUUCAUUUAUUCAAUACUGGAUGUAAGUUUAUUUAUUUAUGAACUAAUGAAAACACAGUAUCGCCGAGGCUCAGUGGGCUCACAUCCAAUGCAAGGCUGAUUUCUUAUGUGACACAGCCUACUACAUAAUUAUUUGAACGCUGCUGCUGAUGUGACAAUGAUGUUGCAUAGCUGAAGUAACAACCAAGAAAAAAUUUUACAAUAUACCUUGUCAGUGACCAGUUUUAGAAUUUUGAAUUGCUCUUGGCUAUCACAUCAAGCAACUCUGGAUUUUUAUGCUUCAUUCGCGGCUAGCAACUAACCGCGCCAAGUGCAUCCAUAAUCUGAAUGCUUGCAAGAUAAGCAUUUAACAUUUCAUUAAAUUCAGUGCUGGAGUUUCAACAUGGUCACCCUUGCAAUGUCAUGGUGUUCAUUUAAUUAUCCUGGUAACAAUAAAUGAAACAUUUAAUGCACUUUCUCAGCUUAGGAACAAUAAUUAUACUUGCUUAACAUGUUCCAUAUUAAACCAAAUGUGGUGAAAUAGAUAACUCACAGCGCUUCUUUAACACAAACAUCCUUUUGAGAAUAAAGAUGUUGGACAUAAUGUCUAAUUAAAAUUUAAAUAACAUUUAGAUUUCUUUUCUUUCUCAACACUUCUCUCAACUAGGUUUCGACAUUUAGGUCCAAAAUGCUCAAACUUAAACAUCAUUUUGUGAAGAGGAAGAUAUCAGACAUGUCAUUAAGUCAAAUUGGCUAGUAUGCAGCAGAUACAUGGCCAGCAUUGGUUUUCUUAAAGUCCUCUUUAGGCUGGAGAAAAGUCUCUUUUUAAGUGACAAGUGAAAGGUUCUUAUCUGAAUAAGCAAUUUUUGCCUGGAAAAUUAUAAUACUGUUGUAAUUUCGCCACUUCCCAAGCAGAAACCAAAAGACAAUUAUUCUUGUUACACAUGACUGUGUCAUAGGGACUUGAUAAUCACAUGUAAGAGUGUGUAAGGGUAGGAACACUGUAGAAAUUUGUAAACACGAACGAAAAAAACAUUAGAAAAAUGCAAAUUGCACGAAAUUACCUGAGUAUUCCUACCACAAACUGCUUGGUUUUGUAAACUGUAAUACAAUAACGAAUUAAAAUUUUUUGCAAAACCAUAUUCAACAAACCCUAAUGCCAUUAAUUUUGUUUAUUUCUAUAUCAAUCUUUGGGUUGUGAAUCAAGUAUUUUUGGCAGUACGAAACCUGAGUAGCAAAACAAAUGUCUUUCAUCAAAUCAUCCAGGGGAUUGGGGUCAUUAUCAAGGGUUUUUUUCAUUGGGGUCAUUUCAUUGGGGUCAUUGGGGUCACAGGCUCACAGGUUUUUUUUUCAGGGGUCAUUGGGGUCACAGGGUCACAUAUUUUCAUAAGCAUUUUCAAGGUACUUUCAUCCAAUAGUGGGGGUAGGGGAUCGGGAGGAAGGGAAAAAGGGAGGGGGGGAUUGGGGUCAGGAUUCUGUUCCUUUUCCCUUUCACCCUUGUCUUCCCCUUCCCCUCUUUUUUGUGUGCCUGAAAUAACUACAUUAUUAUUAAUUCUGUUGUUAACCUUUUUUUGGAGACAUCAGCCCCGAAGGCAAUAAAAUGCAAGUUGGCAUAAAUUAUAAAAAUAAGUUAUAAAAUGUGCUACCAGACACCUCACUAUUAACCGACUUUCCUCUUUGCAUGAUUUGCUCAAUUGGAUGGAGCACUGUGUUUGUUUUUAUCACGAGUGUUAAAUCUCUUUGAACCCUGAUUUGUUUUUUAAACUGUGCAGUAAAGCAAGCCAGGUCAAACUUGUGCUCCAAGAUUCAUUUAUGAUGUGAUUAUUUGAGACACUAUGUGAUAGCUGUUAUUUGCAAAGCUUAUUCUAAUCUUAGUAAAUUGAUAAUGAUGGAAAUAAUGAUUUUGUGCGUUUUUUUUAAUGUCUGAAGCUGUGUUGUUUUUAACAUUUAGGUUCCUAGUCUCUGUGUUAAUGGUGAAUCCAUUCCAGAUGUACAGAAAAAAUAUUUUGCGGAUCUUCUGGAUAACAUAGUAAUAAACAGUAAACUUUAUUUAACCAGUAAUGAAAUAUUGAUAAGCGUAUAAGCCAGUUGAACUUAAAGUUGGUGACUAAAUCUUAAAAUUAAACUUAAAUUAUUGAUUAGUCUGCAGAGUUUGCAUGCAUAAUGUCGUGAUUCUAAUCCUGAAUAAAUUCAUUGAAAAUUUACUUUUCAACAGCACUUGGUUCGCAGUUUAGUACAUUAAACGAGUUUACCAGUUACAUGAAGGUUUCUAAUUGUGAAUUCUUCUUCAUAGUUAGUAAGACUUGUGGUUAAAAAACACCUGGUAAAUUCAAGUUAAAAUUUUAAACUUAUUGACAAAAAUGCAAUUUACAAUAUGAUGCUUUUAAGAGCUCUAGUUCUCAAUGUUGUGUGGGCAUUGAUUAAAUGUACAUUAGAAAAGUGAAGUUGAAAUGAAUAAAAUUCGGUAAUUUCUUGUCAUCAUAUAUUGUCAUCUCUUUUUUUUCUGCUAAAGAUGUUUAAUAUCUGUUAACAUAUUUAGCAGCAGAAAUAUUUUAGCAUGAUGAUAAUGACAAGACAUUUCCCAGGUUAAUGUUUAAAAUGAAUGUAAAAAUAAGUAAAUAAAUAAACAGUAUAUGGAGGUGGUUGGAUAAUGACUUGAUUGAUGAGUGUGCCAAAAAGUGUCAAACCUAUGUGAAACUACUUGGGCCCUCCAACUGGUUUAUGCAGUUACCAUAAUAAACAGUGCCAAGGGGAAGUACUAAUUGUGAAGCCAUUAGAUUUCAUCCACCGACUUGAUCAACAUUUAGAACUAUAUACUAACUAAAAUAAUAGCUCUAGCAUUUAUGCGAAUGUACCAGCUCCUUACACUAUCCCAGGGAAGUAUGUGAUGAUGCCAGAUUGCCAGACUUGUUUUUACAUACAUCAUAAUUUAUUGUAUUCUUGUUUUUUGUUUUUUGAGCAGAGUAGUGUUAGUGCAUAUCCAACAGACAGGCCAUUAAUUUCCCCAACAUUAAAGAAAAUUACAAACUUUACUGGAAGUCCUGAGUCAUCUUAUUCCACUGCAAGCUUCCACUCAUCUAAUUCCAACAACUCCGGCUCAAGGUAAGAGCGACGAUACCAAUGCGGUCCUGGUUAAACACCAAUGAAAAUGCUAACUGCUGAUGCAAUAGCAACCCCACAGCUAAUGUCAUGACUCAAGAUGGAUUUCCUGCUGUGUUUUGUUCUUUUGUUCUAGUGGUUCUUUCGGGUUCUGUAGUUAAUAAUAAUAAUAAUAAUAAUAAUAAUAAUAAUAAUAAUAAUAAUAGUAGUAGUAGUAGUAGUAGUAGUAAUUACCGUAUUAAUAAUUCUCUCCCUUAUGGGGUUUUUCAGAGAUAUAAUGAACCAAUAAUUCAAAUGGAACAUAAAUAAUAUAGUUUAGAAUCCCAACUGGUAGGAGGCAAACCAGUUGGUUAUUUACAAGUGUGACUUUGGAUCUGAACUCAGAACUACUAAGGACAAAUCCAGCCAGGCACAGAUCCAGGAUACAUACUGACUGAUUUGCUAAACGAGCGUUGGGAGGCGCAAGCUUCUAGGGGGGUCGAGGGGCAUGCUCUCCUGGACAUUUUUUGGAUUUUAAUUCCCUAAAGUGCGCUUUCCUGGAUUUCUGAGUCAGUUAGACAGGAUAUUGGCCAGUUCUAUUCUCCUCAGAUGAAGCGUUACAAAUCAGCUGAUUUUCAUCAAGGUCAAUUUUCAUGUUGUAGUGGAUAUGGAGCAAGGAGAGUCCAAACCACUUUCCAGAUUUCAACUUGGAAAAUUGAAGUUGUUCAUUAUGAAAAACCGAUUUCUGUAAAAUGCUGAAAACCGGUGUGGAUCUGCGCCUGCCAGCUAGCAGUCAGGGAAGGACUUGAACUCAGAGCGUCCAGGUUACAAGUCCUGUUCUAAACCACUUGGCAUGCCACCUGCAAUGUUUGGUUUGUUUCCUCUGGUUCGAUGGUUUUCUGUACACUGCUGUUCUCAUAAUGCAAAUACUAAUGUUAGGCCCCUCUCUUGGUUAAACUGUUUUUUGUGAGUGGUGGGUUUUAUUCUUCCUCUUAUCAGGACAAUAAAAGCAACAAGCCCCACUGCGGAAUCAGUGUUCAGUCCAUGGCCAUCAUCCCCUUUAUGGCACAAGCCAGGAAAGGCAAAUUUCAGUCGUUCACCCACUCCUACAUCAGUACACUCUGCACCUGCUUGGACAUCCUCCAUGCAAAAACAAUCAAGUUUCCCUUCACUUCAAAGCCACUCUGAUAGUUCCAACAGCACCUUAACAUCUCAUACCCACCGUAGAUACUCUUAUAACAACACAUUUGACUUCAGUGAAGGUAUGCUUGUCAUGUGUUUCCCAAACAAUAUUAUUUUCAUAGUCAAUAUAUAUGUUGUGGUUAAUUUUUUAUCUCAGGUAAUUUUUGUCUGUCUUUUGUGGUUGGGUAUGGUAAUGUUGCUAAUGAAGUUGAAACAAAGGAAAAAUAAAAAUUGCCCGAGAUGAAAAAUUAACUACACAUACAAUGUUUAAGACUUAUUAUUGUGUUUACAGGCUUAUAGCUAGUAACGCUCUAUGUCAUUGCCUGCUUAAGUCUGUCCGUAAGGACAUUUCUUUUGCCCUCGUAGUACAUGAGGUGUUAACGCCUAACCUUCAGAGCCAAAGAUUGUAGAAAACAUGCUCUGCUUUGACUUACGAUAAUUCUAGAAUUGCUUUAGCCAUAUUAAUAUUGUGCUAUUUCCAUCCAUUUGUGAUUGCUUUAUGUGUUGUUUGAGUUUUAGAAGAAAUGAAUAUUUUUGAUUGUUGCAAGUAUUAAAAUAAAACAUUGAAAAUCACACUGGGGGAAAAUGCAAAGACGAAACUGUCAUUUUUACUAUGUACCGGUAAAUAUUCAACUAAAAUGUCACAAAUUUGCAUAAAUUCAACUCAACUAGCAUUUUUAAAAUUGUAUCGUAUGGUAAUUCUGUUACAUCAUUUGCUUGCUUAAUCUUGGCAAGAAAUUACAAUAGUCCCAGAACCAUAUCUGUAAAAGUCAUAACUUUGGCUGUAUUUAUCCUUUUAAGGCUGGUAUUCACUAGUGAUGGAGUCAGAGUCAGAGUCAGAGUUGUAAUCAAAAGCGUAGAACUUUUUGAUCUAGUGAAAACAGUGUUCUGAUUCCACAUACCACUAUGUUGUUUAUGAUCAAGUGAAAACUAAGUUGUUGGAGUCGCAAGCAGAAGCGGAAGAACUAAACCAAUCACAAAGAAGUGUGGGAACAUGCAUUGUGGUUGGCUUAUCCAAGGUUCCACUCUUGACUCCGUUAAUCUGGUUUUCACUAGGUCGUAAGCAAUGAAGUCGUAAGGAAAUGGAAACGUUCUUAUUCUUUUGACUCAGCUUACAACUCCGAUUUUUGAUUUUCACUGAGUCAUAAGGGCUCUUACGACUCCACUUAGGACUCCAAAGUCGCCAGUGAAAACCAGCCUUUAUCAUUUAUCCUCCAGACUAUAGGUGCUAGUCAUUGCCCAUUUUUCUGUACAGCUAGACUAUUCGUUGCCAGUGAGCGCUUGUCCUCUCAGAGGACUAUUUUUACUCUGACUGUUUCAAUGAUCAGCUACCUAGACAAGUCUAUUAAGUCUUGCAUCACUGUUUUGGUUUUGUUGGUUGUUGUUGGUUUGAGUUUAAGAGCUAGUUUGAUUACAAAUAAAUGUGAAACUAAAGCACGCAUUUAAAGCAUCUUGGAAGAGGAAAGAAGUUGUGCAAAGAAUGGAAGGUGUCCCUGAAUGUAUCUAAAAUGACACAAUGAUGUAUAGGCAUGAAAGUUAUUAUGGAAAUGCAAAUGAGUUUUAUUGUGACUUUUCUAUAUUUUGGUGAGGGGUCUUCUUUUAUCAAAAUAAUGGUUCGGUAUUUUUUUGUGGAUAUGAGUUUUGACUGGCUGAUGUUUUUUUGCUCGUUUCAGGCUGAAUAUUUCAUUAUCUCUAAUUUUUCAUGGCUUCUGUUCAUUAUCCUUUUUCCACUUUUUUUUUUAUCAGUGAAUUCAAAUUAUAAGGGUGACUGUUUUAUAUGAAGUCUCCAUUUUAACGUUUUUAUGUAAAGUGCACAUCUUUAUUUUUGGCUCUCCACAUGUAAUUAUGUCAACCCUCCUGGAUACCUUGUAGUGAAUCUCCUGGUCUCUUGUAUGGGUCACUACAAUCUCCUGGAUAACAUCUUUUUAGCUUAUCUCAGUGCAUAGCCUGGAAUUGUAGUCUUAAAAUCAAAUAAAACAUUAAUUUACUCCAUUUUAAAGUUUCUAUAGUUAAAUUUCUGGCAGCAUUUUUUUGUGUCUCUUAUUAUUGUAAACAAUUGAAUUUUUUGUGUGAUUUUUGAGGUUGGCAUUUCUGAUUCAAUUCCUACCACCCCCAUGGCCACCCCAGCUAAUAGGGAGCUUAAGCGACAAAAGCAAUGGCAACGAAAAUAUCACUUAGAAAUUGAAUUUGCUCUGAAACAAACUUUAUAACUCUUAUUCAAUUUCAAUUUGUCAAGUGUUGGGGAAUUUUUCUGGGGUGGAUUCUAAAGGACUGUAAUAUCCAAGUUCAGAAAAAGUAAAAGCAAAAAGUUGUCUGUGUUCAUGUCCUCCAUAAAACGUAAAACUAGGAAGUUUCACGUUGUAGUUGUGUAACAAUUAAUGGCAAAGAAAUGUACAAAAAAGGGUGAAGCACGUGCAAAGUUGUUGUUUUGCUUAUUAAACCUAUUGUUUUUUUUGUUGUUCUUGUUGCCGUCGCCUUUGGGGUCGUGUAAGCUCCCUGAUGUAUUCCAGACACUUAACACAUAAGUGUGUCCAUAUGUUUACUCAAACAGACCCAAAAUAGUGUCUUGUUUAGAUGAUCUUAUUAGGUUUUAUUUAGUGACUGCAGCUUUUGAGGAUAUCAGUGACUUUGUUUUUUCACCUUCUUCACAGCAGAUGACCCUGAAAAUAUUCUUAAGAAGCUGUCAUUGGAAAAGUACCAGCCAAUAUUUGAAGAACAAGAGGUAAAUCAAGGAUCUGACAAUAAUAAUAAUAAUAACAACAACAACAAUAAUAAUCUCUUUUGAGAAGUUCUGAACAGAAUCCACUAGCCCAAUUGCAAAAUCCACUUGCCCUGUGAGACAAAAACUGUGUCCACUUGCCCCAGACGAGUGGUUUUGACCAGUGGACAAGUAGGUCAGCAACCUUACUUGUCCUUUAAACAAGUAAAUCUUCUGAAAAUACAUGUAAAUAAAAAGGUGCUUGUAACAUGUUUCAACGAAACAUUAAGUAUACAGCCAAGUUUUUGCAAGCGUAAAACAGAUCGCUUUUCGUGAAAGUAACUGACAAGUUAGAAAUGAAAAGGGAACAGCACUGAUUGCAUGAUGCAGGUGGCUUACAAUCUAUCCAGCAUUUUGUUUUAUUACGCACUGAAAGUGGCCUGAGACUCUUGGGGGGAUCGACUUUUGAAUUAAUUUAUAAUAGACCCUCUAUGUAACUGUAAGCUCGUACACAAUGGUGGCUCAGCGAAGCAUAACAGGCUAUUUUGAUGCCCCAUUGAAGUAGCCAAAGAGGAAAGGAAAUCCUUCCGCAAAAGACACUGGGGUGAUUGAGAAGAAACAUGGUGACAGCCUAACGGUAGGAGUUCGAAAGUUUCAGGAAUCUUGGAAAGAAACCUUCCCCUGCUGGGUAGUACAUGGUGCGAACAACAACACAGUAUUAGGCAUACAGUUACUUGAAUGAGUGCUUUAUUGACACUUAAAAUGCUGUAUGUUUAAUCUGAGUUCCAACAAUAAACAGAUUCAUGCUUUUAUCCAUUACCAUGCGUCAUUAGAACUUGGAUUUAACUUGACAUGCCAGGACAACUAGACCUGAACUUUGGACAAGUAUAAGUAGAACCUCACUUGUCCAUUGGACAAGUGAAGUCCAAAAUUUUUUUCUAACCCUGCCCUGGGCUGUCGGACAGGACUAAUUCUUUGCAUGCUACUCGCUGCCCUUCUGAAGCUAGUGCUGUUGUAAGUAACUGAUUCCCCAUGGAUUUAAUUCCUUCAGUUUAAUAUUAUUGUAAUACAUCUAUUAUGUCAUUGUUAAGGUUGAUAUGGAAGCAUUCCUUACACUUACUGACAGAGAUCUCCGUGAACUUGGUGUUGAAACUGCGGGUGAAAGGCAACAGAUUCUUACAACCAUAACUGAACUUAAUAGUGGCAAGGUAACUUGUGCUUUGAUUCUUUAAACCCAUUAGCCGAAUAUCAACAUGCGUAUUUUCCUUACUGUUUUUUAUGCAUUUCUUAUGGUACUGCCCGCAGAUCUGCUAAUGAUCACAUCUGAAAUGCUGUCCAUGAGUACUACGCUGUCUUCUUAGCCUUUUAAACCCCAUUUACAUGUGCUAAAAAAAUUCAGCACGGCACGCCAAAUUUUUGGCGCCAUGCCUCGUUUACCCGUGCUGAGACUACCUCUGGGUACCCCUAAAAUUUUGAGCACUGGUGCCACAUUACAUUUGGGACCCAUACAUUUACACGUCGAAAAUUGGGAGUGCCAUGCCUUAAAAUCAUCAGCACAGUGCCAAAAAUUUGGCGUGCCGUGCCGAUUUUUUUAGCACGUGUAAAUGGGGUUUUACUCUAAGAUCAAGUUAUUAAGGUGAUUCCCUGGUUUUGCACUGCGCAUCUCUUACUGCGCAUAACAAGAUGGCCUCCGUAAAAAAGAGCAUGUGAAGUAACAUUAUUAAAAUGAAGUUGACCGAAGAGAAACGCUGUUGCAGUUUUUGCUUGUGGUUGUUUCUUGCUGAGGUGAGACUCAAUGUGGUGGGAAUGUGCAUAACGUGAGCAGUACGUGUGUUGCUGAGUUCGACUUCCUCAUGGAGAACCUCGAUAGUGGAUGUUUAAUUUGUGCUUAUUCACUUUGAUUUUCAUUUAAACGCUUUCUUUAUCACAUUGUGUGCUAAAUGUGAUAUCUCGAUGUAAAUUCUGUUAAAACGGAUUUUUUAAUACUUUCUUCGCCCUUUCCCAUACAUUCUAUUUUGAAACUCGCCCCAGACCUCUCUCAAAAAUCAAGGAAAAUGCAUUCGGUGCGCACUUUCUGCAGCUCUACCGCAAAAACGAGUACGGUGACCCCCAUUUUUUAUUUCGUGAUUUUAAUAAGGACAGUACUUCCUUUCGGUGAGAAAAAAAUUGGCACAAAUCUAUGUUCAGUUUUUUGGCAAUUUUACUAAAUUGUACGGAUUGAGCUAUCACGUGUGGAAUAGCACGUGUCCAAUUUAAUUCUACUUUGGAGCGUAAAGUAAAAACAACGGCAUUAAAAGGCAUUCUCUUGUUCUAGUACGCAAGUGGAUAAACAAUACAUUAAAGGCAAAUUUGGUGCGAUACCACAUGCAUCAUUGAAAAAAUCUUUCCUUUUUGUCUAGUUUUGGGCUGCGCGCGGUUUUUGUCAAAGGGUCCAAAAUAACCGUAUUUGUCAGCAUUGUGACGUCAAAACGAGCACGGUGACCCCCACUUUUUAUUACCUUUUUAUCAUCUUCUUGACUUGUUACAUCAGUGUACCAAGUUUCAUCUACAAUCUAUGUUAGGUUCUUUUACUAGGGAAUCACCUUAAGAGAUUAUUUGUUACCAUAACUGUUAAAUCUGUGGAUGAAAUCAAAUUAAUGGUUUUACCAUUUAACCCUUCAAGUCCCAGUAUCCACAUACAAAUUCUCCGAACUGAUCUCCAUACAUUUCCUUAAAGAAUUUAUUGAGAGAAUUUGAUAAAAGAUCAAAGCAUUUUUUCUUUGGUGAACAUUAUUUUUAUUAAUUCUCAUAACCUUUCCUCUUGAUUGUCUAUUGAUUGUUGUUAGGAGAAAAUUGAUUUUGGUCACUAUUGCGACUAGAAGGGUUAAGUGAAACCUCUUUUACAGAACUUUUGCACAGCACCAUCUAUUUCCUAAAUUUGUAUGAAUUUUUUGUUUGCUAAGGCAACUAUUCAGGGAGUGAAAGGGGUAAUGAGCUGCAAUUAUUGCUCAUGUCUUAUGGUAAUGUUUACAGGAUCGCCAGAGGCAACACCAGCACGAGACUAUGUCAAGUUAUCAUAGCAGUAAGUCUCAUCAUGGUACAUGUACCAGUGGUGAGUACAAAGUU